AUGUCUUCCACAACCAUUGACGAAAACGCCCCCGCCGCCGCCGCCUCUACUCCGCCGCACGAGGUGGACGAGUGCCGUGGAGUUCUUCGAGUCUACAGCGACGGCUCAAUAUGGCGCUCCAACAAGCCGAGCUUCGAAAUGCCCGUGCCCGACGACGGCUCAGUCUUAUGGAAAGACGCCGUCUUCGACGCCGCCCACAGCCUUCAGCUCCGCCUCUACAAGCCGGCCAAACCCUCCUCCCCCAAGCUCCCGAUUUUCUACUACAUCCACGGCGGCGGCUUCUGCAUCGGCUCGAGGGCGUGGCCCAACUGCCAGAACUACUGCUUCAAGCUGGCUUCUCAGCUCCAAGCCGUGGUAAUCUCGCCCGACUACAGGCUUUCCCCUGAGAACCGGCUCCCCGCCGCAAUCGAAGACGGCUACUCGGCCGUGAAGUGGCUCCAAUCCCAAGCCACGGCUGAUGAGCCUGACACGUGGCUCACUGACGCCGCCGAUUUCAGCCGUGUGUUUAUUUCGGGUGACUCGGCCGGUGGGAACAUUGCCCAUAAUUUGGCGGUUCGAUUUGGAGCCGGUUCGGCUGAGUUGACUCCGGUCCGAGUUAAGGGGUAUGUGUAUUUGGCUCCAUUUUUUGGUGGGACCGUUAGGACAAAAUUUGAGGACCAAGGACCAAAGGAAGCGUUCCUAAAUAUUGACCUCAUUGACAGGUUUUGGAGGUUGUCCAUACCCAUUGGAGAAACAACGGACCAUCCACUAGUGAACCCGUUUGGGCCCGUAAGCCCGAAUCUAGAAACCAUGGAUCUUGACCCGAUUCUCGUAAUAGUUGGCGGGUCGGAUCUUUUGAAAGACAGGGCAGAAGAGUAUGCAAAGAAGCUCAAGAAAUGGGGAAAGAAGAUUGAAUAUGUUGAGUUUGAAGGGCAGCAGCAUGGAUUCUUCACUAUCAAUCCUGAUUCUAAACCCUCUCAAGAAUUAAUGCUCGUAAUUAAGAAAUUUAUCGAGGGCAAUUCCGUCUAAUUGUUUUCGAGUUAUUGUGCAUUUCAAUUUAUUUCGUCCAAAAAUAUCUAUUGUAAUUUCUUCUCUUUCAUUAGAUGGAAUAAUUGACGAAUAAUUCAAUUUUCUUA